AAAUUAUUACAGAUAUUCCGACAUUGUGCAGUUGUUAGCCGGCUAGCUCUGCAUGCGGAACCAAAUACAGCAGGUUUUGUUUCUCGGGGUGCUUGUUUUAGUAGUUGCAUACAGUCGUCGUGAAGCCGCAUGUGUGUUAUGCUUCUGUUUGUAACGCAGACGUUCCUGCUUUGUUUCUGAAAUUUAUAGCCACAUACUGCCGAGAUGAAGCUGUUAACGCAUAACAUGUUAACAUCUCACGUACAAGGUGUGAUUAAAGGAUACCCACUUAUUAUCAAGGCAACAGAAGUGAAAGUGAAUGAGCUGGAGUUCAGUGCUCCGUUUGUGAGCCGGAUGAUUCCUAAGCUGGAGUGGAGCGCAUUGAUCCAGGCAGCAGAAUGGCUUGGACAGUCUCAAGACCUGCCAGCACACACUCUCAUACCAGACUAUGAAAAGGAUGAGGAGUUCCUGCGUAAAGUUCACAGAAUUCUUCUGGAGGUUGAGGUUGUAGAGGGAUGUUUACAGUGUCCUGAAUCUGGUCGAGAGUUCCCCAUCUCCAAAGGUGUUCCUAACAUGUUACUCAUUGAAGACGAGUAGAUCAAGCUGCUACACGCAUCCCAGAAGAACAGAAACUGAAUAUCAGACACACGUUCAUUUUAGAAACUGUUGGGGGGCCAUUUUUAUUCAAAUGAUAAUAGAGAUAAACAUAAGACCAUAAUUCACAAGUUAUUCUGUUUUACAGUCGUGUUCAACAUCUGUCUCCAAACAUGUGGUUGCUAUCAGAAUUUACUUUUUGUUGCUUCUGUCAUUGUAAAUUGUGCUUUGUAAAAUAUUAAAUAAAUUUGUAUUGAUUA